UUGAAUGCAAAAUGCAAUACAAAAUAAGCAUUUGAUUUGCAUAACAAAACAUUUUGUUAAAGUUUAUUUUUUUUUCUACUGAAUCAAUUUUCAACAUAAACUUUUGGUGCCCAAAUUGACCGACACAUACUGAAUACAAUUGAAAUAAGAAAACAACAUUGAAUUGUCCUUCAUUUGUUUGUUUGUUUUAAAUGUUGACCACCACCCUGUUGUUAUUUGUAUUAUAUUCAAUAUAUAUCACAUUAACAUAUUGUUGUAUGUAGCCAUGAUCCUUGGUAGACCAAAAGUUCCAACAUGAGAAGAAAAAAAAACAAUAUUGCCAACGAUCAUAUGAUUGUGGCUACUGACAACAACAACAGCGACAUACUGAUAAGGCGUCUUAAUGAAUCUGAUGAUAAUGAUGACGAUGAUGGUGGUGGUGGUGGUGCUGGUGGUGAUGAUGAUAUUGAUGUUGAUGUUGAUGUUGAUGUUGAAUGGCACCAUAAGUCAUCAUUAUCAAAUGGAUCGAUGUACAUCUGCAGCCAAAUGAAUAACAGUGACAAGGUCAUAUUUCAAAGACAAUAUGUUCCAAUGUCUUGGACGAUGGUCAUCAUUAUACACCUGUUCUUUUGUUUGUUUUGUAUGUUCCAUCAACAGAUUACGAUAGCUUCAGCUUUGAUUCAUGAACAUCAUUCAUCCACUGUUUCUCCAUCACCACCAUCAUUAUCGAUUCAUGGCCAAACACAUUCGCCAACAGCGGCUAUCGUUCGUCGUUUGUAUUAUUCACCAUCAGCAUCAGGUCAACAACAUCAAUCACCAAUAUCUUCUCGUACCAAUCCUUAUCGUUCAAUGAUGCAUCUUAGUCAUUCUAAUAAUCAUCGUAUAGUGUCUACUGCUACAAGAAUUGUUGGAUCAUCAUCGAAAGGCGUGGCUAAAGUAACGCCCAUAUCGAUACAGUCACCGACGUUUGAUUCUACAAUUCGUUUGACUAGUCGUCCGACAUCAACGAUACUAAUGAACGACAAUAAUAAUAAAAAUAAUCGUUUGUUGCAGAAACCAUCCACCUCACUUAUACAAAUUCUUGAAGCAAUGGAUUCCAACAAUUCAAGCCAAGCAUCGACCAACACCACCACCACCACCACCACUACCACCACAACUGUUGGUCCGAUAAUCAAUACUAUUAAUCAGACUAGUCAUCGGCAUGGUAAAUCACUGCAAGAAAUAGCUUCAACUUCGACAACGACAACAGCUUCAAUUACGACAACAACGAAGACCCUACCACCAAUAAACAAUAGUAGCCAUUACAAUGAAAAUAUCAACAAUCUUUGUUUCCUGUCACAUGGUGGAUCAUCGGAAACAUUCACUGUCAAUGAAGCAGUCGAAAUCGAUUCUGUAAUCGGGACCAUCAAGGUGAUUGGCGAUGCUACAGACAAUGGAGAUAUUGAGCUUUCUAUAAUUGAUGACAAUGUUAAUAAUGAUGAUGAUGAUGUUGUUGUUAAUAAUAAUUCAACCGAUCAAUCCAGUAUUCCUAUUAGAAUUGAACCUGGAACUAAAAAAUUGAUUUUAGUACGAAAAUUAGACAAAGAAAGUGUGGAAGGAGAAUCCAGUGUCACCAUUGCUAUACGAUGUAGACCGAAACGAUUGUUAUUGGAUAAAAGGAAAUUGGCCAGAAAAUUAUCGUCAAAUGAUCAACAUGAAUCCAAUUGGAAUCGUGUUGAAAAACGAAUUGCCACCGAUGAAUCGAUUGAUCAAUCAUAUUUGGCAUACGAUACGAUUACCGAUACUACCAGUGAUGAUGACAUUAUUAUUCCAAUCAGAAUUCUGGUCACUGACGCUAAUGAUAAUAAACCAGAAUGGCAAGGCAACGUUCCGUACUCGGUUAACAUAAGUGAAAUGUCAUCGCCUGGUUCUGUCGUGUUAACUGGCAUUAGGGCCAUUGAUAACGAUCAACUUGGUCCAUAUUCGACGGUUGAAUAUUACGUUGAGCCUGGUCCAUAUUCUCAUCUGCUUCGAUUUGCUUCACCGUUGGAAGGAACGUUGCUUUUGGCUGCUCAACUCGAUUAUGAAACACUGCCAAAAUUCUGGGUGUCGAUUCGUGCUCAGGAUCAAGGAAAUCCACCCAACACGGCCGUUACAAAAGUGAACGUUCAAGUGAUUGAUGCAGACGAUCAGAAUCCACGAUUUGAAGUGGACAAAUACACUGCCAUAUUGGGUGAAGGACAAAUAACGGCACAUCCGCUUCAAGUGAAACCAAAACCAAUACGAGCUGAAGAUCCUGACCGAGCGAUACAAUCACAGAUUGUUUACGAAUUCAACUCGAAAGAUGAAGAUAGUCGUGAGAAUGCUUAUUUCAAAAUCAACGCUCAGACUGGCCAAGUUAGUUUGAAACGUCCGUUGCAUUCGUCAGUAGCACUACCAAUCACGUUGGUCAUCCGUGCGACUCAGCUGGAUAAUCGUGAUCGUUACGCUUUGACCACAUUGACCAUAGUGAGUAAACGAGAUCAAGUGAUGCCUGAAUUGCGUUUCUUGCAUAGCAAUUAUUCGACAUCACUUUUGGAGAGCACACCACCAGGCCAGGUGGUUUUGACCGUUCAAAGUAGUCGACCAGCCAGUACUUCCAACCAACCAUUACGAUUUCAGAUUCUCGAUGAUGAACAUGGCUAUUUUAGUAUCAAAAACAGUGGUGAGAUUGUCGUCAAUCGAAUGCUCGAUUAUGAAAAACAUCAUCGAUAUUCGUUCCGCGUGAUGGUUACCGAUGGUCUUCAAACCGACCUUGCACGUGUAACAAUUGACAUAAUCAACGUGAACGAACAUGACCCAGUGUUUGGUCAAUCGACCUAUGUGUUUCAUGUGAAUGAAGCUCGUCUUCGAUCAUCACCAGUGAUUGGUCAGAUGCAAGCCACUGAUGCCGAUGAUGGUGACCGUGUCCAAUUAUCAUUGUCUGGACCACAUGCUGCAGCAUUUGCUUUAUCCGCUGAUGGCACAUUACGACUUCGAAGUCUUCGUUUGGUCAACACAACCGAAUGUCAUAUGAUUGCUACAGCCACCGAUAGUGGAACACCAUCACGAAGUUCUUCUGCUUCAGUGGUGGUCAAAUUUGCUUCUGCAUUAUUAAAAUCAUUGGCUGGAAGAACAUUAGAAUCAUUGUUAUUUGAAUUAGAGCAUCAGACUGAUCUGUCAUCAUCGCCAGCCAUAUCACCUACUGCCGUCGAUAUUCUUCAACAUUCAUCGGCCAACAUAUUCUCGGCAUCCACAAAUUCAACUGCCCUCGUAUUGGUGAUAGUAUUGGGUGUUUUGCUUGGCACAUUAUUUAUAAUAAUCGUGGCUCUUACAUUGCACGUGCUAAAGAAUCGAAAAUAUGAAUCACGACGAUCAUCAAAUUGUUCGCCAGUCACGUUACAUCAACGUCACCAUAUUAGUUCAUCUUCUGCAUCAAGUGCAUCCUCUUCAUCGUCGUCGUCGGAUUUAUCGUUAUCCGGUGGUCACCACCACCAUCAUCAUCAUCAUCAUCCCCACCACGCUCAUCACCAGCACAUUCAACACCAGCAUCAUUGGCCAACCAAAGAUGAUUCACCUGAACGGUUGUUUUCGGCAAACAAAUCACUGUUUCAACCCACUGCCGUAUCAAUGGUCCGUUCGAACAAAGUUGUUCCAUUAGAUUCUAAUACUAGUAACAACGAUGAGUAUACAGAAGAUAUUGAUAGUAAUGCGAAAAAAUUGCUUGAAAACCUCAGCCCUGUUAAACGAUCCUUGACGACGACAACGACAACCAUGCCCAACAGUAAUAGCUCAAUCGAACAACCAGAUAGUGCCAUUUCAUCCGACAUUUCCUGUCAAUGGUCAGACAGUCAUAAGAUUAGCACUCAUUCUUCUCAAGCCAAUAAUUCUCGUUCGCAAUCGGAAUUUAAUUCCGAUUCUACCCAUUCUGAUAUAAACAUCAAUCCGAUUAGUACAUGCAGUCCGACUCCUGAUUCUAAUGCAUCGCGUAUAAGCGUAAUUCGGUGGCCACAAGGUUCUAUACCUAGAAGGGUGAAGAAAUUAACAUGGAAAGAUGAACAACGCAAUAACCAUCUGGAUCAGCUGUACACUAGCAAUUCAAUCGUGCAAGCACAGAUUCCAGUCAAAACAACCAAAACGAAAACAUUAAGCGGUCAUCUACUGACCGGUACGACAUCAUUGGCUACACCACCUUUAAUGAAUGGACAUGGUCAUUACCAUCUACAACAUCAUCAUCAUACGGGCAGUAAUAGCAGUAGCAGCGGAAGUUCAGCAAUAGCUUCAACAACCACAACGAUACGACAUCAUCAAACACCUCAUUAUCCUAUGGCUACAGCAUCAUUGGCCAUUGUGGACAAAUCAACAACAGGGACACAGUUCAAACAGCAGCAGCAGCAGCAGCAGCAGCCAAACGAUCCAACAGCUUUGCCCGAUUUGACUGUCUAUUUCUAGUUUGGUCAUUCUUUCACUCAAUUCAUUUGUUCAUUCAUUCAUUCAUUCAUUCAUUCAUCUUGUUGUGAUAUUUAUUAUUCCAUUUUAUACAAAUUCCACUUCAUCGGGCAAUCAAAAUCUAUCAUUAUGAUUUAGCCCAAGCCUUAGCACAUACACAUACACAUACACACACACACACACACACAUAUGCAAUACAAUGCUCUUUGUACAUAACAUUUUUAUCAUCAUCAUAAAUUCACAGUAAUAAAGUUACCAUUUUUUUCCAAAA